GCUCCACUAUCAAUUUGUGGAGGGCAGAUAUCAUUGGCCCAAAUCCAUACCUAGAGUGGAUCGGGUCUCUGUCAUAGGGCUCCUUCCAUAGACGAAUCUCCCUGGCCAGCGGCGUGUUCGUUUCAGGAAUCGAAACCUGAAAUCUCACGAUUCCUGGGAAUUCAUCACCUACGAUACUGGAAAGGAAAGAUGUGGCAUGAAGCGAGGAAGUCGGAGAAGAAAGUCCAUGACAUGAUGGACGCCGCACGGAAGAGAGCUCAGCGCCGAGCAAUCUAUUUGGCUAAACGGCGGGGUGACCCCCGGCAAUAUAUCCAAGCCGUCGGAACCCGCUGUCGCAUCUACCGCGAUGAUGCCCUAUAUCAAGCGACGGAGGACGAGCAGGGACUGAUACCUUGGAAUGGCAAGCAAGACACUCUGAUUGACAGAUUUGAUGGUCGUGCUCUUCUUGAUUUUAUACGGGAUACCAGUUCCCGGAGUUUUCGUGCUCCACAGAGAACUGAAGAGGAAGAAGAAUUGGAAGAGUUUGUUAAUUUUGAGCGUUACCGGGACUUAAUUAAGCAUGGGCGUAGAGGAUUUAAUGAUGCAGAUGGUUUACAAUAUGUUAGCCAAGAGAUAGAGGCUAAGGUUGUUGCUCAAUUUGACGCAGACAGACCUCAAACAACACAGACUCCAACAAGCAAGGGGUCUUAUUCUCAAGUGGGGUUCUCUUAUGAUAAAGAAGUAAAAGAUGAGGCUCAUUAUUCAAAUGCAGAGGAAGAUGGUGAGGGUGAAGAGGAUGAAGAGGAUGAUUUUAAUAGUGAUGAUAGUUGUGAUGAAGCAAUGGAGUCCGUUGCAAAAGAAUUUGGAGUAAAGAGGUACGGAUGGCUUGUUUACAUGGAUAAAAAGGCAAAAGAGGAGGAAAGGAGACAAAAAGAAGUAAUUAAAGGGGAUCCUGCCAUUAGGAAACUGAGUCGAAAAGAAAGAAGAAAGGCGUCACAGUUGGAAAGAGAAAAGGAAAGGGAAGCUGCUCAAUUUACCGGGAUUCGACGUUCCCAUCACGACCCAUAUCGGUUGUUCUCGUGGAUGUCUCCUUUGGGUUCUCAAUAGAUUAUGGCCUUGUUUGGAAUUUUGCUGGAUUGCUGGAUUUUAAGCCUCAAAACUCUUUUUACUCCAAACUUUUGUUUGGUAAAAUAAAAGAAGUGUUAUAGCUCGAAACUAGGGGUUAUUAAACAACUUAAAAGCAAAAUGCUUUUGACCCACAUAACCUACUUUUUUACAGUUACAAGAUCAUGUUCCCAUGUGAAAAUGACACAGGUGUUAAGUUUAGAUUGAAUAGUGGGUUGAAAAGCGUUAAUUAUUGGAGAAAUGGCUAUUUGAUAAGACAUAAGGUAUAGUUUAUGUGGAUAAUUGAAGGGUGGAAGUGUCUUUUGGUUUGGAAGGGACUUUCAAAUAUAGUAAAAGGGAAGAUAAUUU